UUUAGCCAAAUCAUGAUUUACAAUCAGUAUAUGUCACAAGUUACAUUUGCUUUCGAAAAAGUAACAGAAUUAAUACUAUUAUUUUACAAAGAAAUUAAUAUAAAAGGAAUCAACCUAAAAUGUUAAGAUUUAUAAAGAAAGAUAUUUUUAUUUGUUUUCAGGUGGGAAGAUCUAGUACGAGGACUUUUUCUAUAAAUAGAAUGUUGUUUUCAGAAGAAAAAUAUCUAGAAAUCAAGGAAGAUAAUGGAGUAAGAAUAUAUUACAUCUGCAAAGUAAAGACAUUGAUAUUAAAUCAUCCAGAAUCUCGCAAUUCUUUAUCUUUGAAAAUGUUAAAGUCUUUAUUAAUAAACAUAAAAAAGGAUGAAGAUAGUAAAAAUCUUCGAUCCAUAGUUAUUAAAUCUGGAUUGGAAAAAGUAUUUUCUGCUGGACACAACUUAAAAGAACUGACUGGUAACAAUGAGAAACUUCACAAGGAAAUCUUUGAAACAUGCUCAGAGUUGAUGCGAACAAUUACUCAAAGUCCUGUUCCUAUAAUUGUUGCUGUAGAUGGUAUAGCAACUGCAGCUGGUUGUCAAUUGGUUACUGCAUGUGAUAUUGCUAUUUGCACUGAACAAAGUUCAUUUGCUACACCAGGAGCCAAUCUUGGAAUAUUUUGUUCUACACCAGGUUUUAGCAUUACUGGCAAAGAAGCAUACGAAGCAGGACUUGUGAGUAAAGUUGUACAAAAUGAUAAAUUUGAAGAAGAAAUUGAAAAGAUUACUACAUCUAUAAAUAUGAAAAGCCGUUCUAUUAUUCAUGUUGGAAAAACAUUUUUGUAUGAACAAUUGGAUCUUGAUAUGUCAACUGCAUAUUUCUUAGGAACUGAAAAGAUGAUUAAUAGUUUAAAAAUGAAAGAUGCUCAAGAAGGAAUCAAAAGUUUCAUUGAAAAGCGAAAACCUAUUUGGAGUCAUGAUUAUGAGAAAAAUUAAUAUGGAUUGGUGUAUAUAUAUAUAUGAAAUAUCUAAUAUAAAUUCCUAAUAAUGGAAAAAUUUUUAUUAUUUUUGUAGAAAAUGUUAUAAAUAUGAUUACUUCUAUUGUAUUUCUAUAUUAAACCAUCUGACAUAAUAAAAUUUAUUAUGUUCUUUGUUAGUUUUUCACAGUUAAUUAUUAAAAUUAUGUUAUUGUAAUUAACUUAUCUUUCUCCCACCGAAGAAUUGGUUCUCCUUGUUGGAACUAUUCAAAAGUGUCGUUUUUAUAGCGGUAAGAUAAAGAACGAAACAAAAGGAAUUUUUAACCUUACAUGACAGUAAAAUUCGCUUACAAUGUAUCAUCGAUUUAUGUUCAAAUUUAAAACAAAUUUCAUGCAAAAAUUCAUGUAAAAAAUACGUGAAUAUAAUUACUCAAAUAUAUUUAAAUAGAUUUUUAUAUACUACAAAAUAUUUCUGCUUUCAAAAUUGCACUAGAAAUUUUGGGUGGAUAAAAAACCAAAUUUAUUUUAUUGAGAUAUGAAUGAACCUUUUAUGAAAGAGAUUUGUUUUUAACAUUUUACAAAUUUAUGUCAGAAAAUGAAAUAUUUAAUUUUCUUCCAUUUUCGUUAUCAAUUGCAUAAGUCUUCUUCCUUUUAAGAUUAAAAGUUUACAUAAUAACAGUAUAAAUUAUACAAAAUAAAUCUAGAAAUUGUAAAGAUUAUAGUGGGAUCUCUCUAUUUCAGUAAUACACAUGUAGAUUACAUAUCACAGAAUAAAAGUGCGUACUUUAAAUACGAGAGGUCUUUGUAAAGAUAAGAAAGUCGUGGUGGUCGGCGGCGUCAUCAAUCUCGAAGAACGCUGAUAUCUCGACUACUCGUUACAAAAAUGCUUUUUUCCCGUGUUCAUUUCCCAUUUUGUCUCUCGUUAAAUCUGUCUCUCCCCACUUGUUUGCGAGGCACGUUCAUAAAUCGAAACCAAUAUUGUUAUAUGAAGUUAGUACGACGUCGGGUCCUAACAAAGUUAGAGCGUCGAAUGUUUUGUUUGCAAAAUAAUAGAAAGUGCGUUCGUUUUCAUUGUA